CUGCGUAAUAAGUAUUUCCGCAUAAGAGGUGCAAGAUGACAGUGCUGGCCUUGAAGGGUUUGCCACGAUAAAUCUGCCGCAUUCACCGACGUGUAUAUCUAUAUUUUGGACAGCGGGUGACAGAAAGACACAGAUCUUUUAUUUGAGGUGACACGGCUGAUAUGUCCGUUAGCCUGGUGUCACAGAGAUCCCAAACAACCAACAGUGUUUGUUCUAAACCAAAAACCAAGGUGUAUCCCCCGACUACAGCUCAAGCACCAAUUCCACUAGUCUCUGCUGGGCCAACUCGAAUGUCCAAGGACCACUCUGUAGACCCACCCACCACCCUUGCCAAGAGGCCAUCUGGCAAGAAGACCCCCAAUGAUUUCAUAUUUGGAAAAGUUAUUGGGGAAGGAUCCUUUUCAACCGUAUAUUUGGCCAAGGAGAUCAACACAGAAAAAGAAUAUGCAAUCAAAGUGUUGGAGAAAAAGCACAUCCUACGAGAGAAAAAAACGCAAUAUGUUAUGAGAGAAAAAGAAGUGUUGGCCAGAAUCAACCAUCCAUUUUUUAUACGGUUGUACUAUACCUUUCAAGACACUGACAGAUUAUAUUUUGUUCUCAGCUAUGCUCGUAGAGGAGAACUAUUGGAUUACUUGCGGAAAUUAUCCUCAUUUGAUGAGAAAAGCACUUGCUUCUACUCAGCAGAGAUUGUCACUGCACUGGAAUAUCUUAAUGGUUUAGGGAUCAUUCACAGGGAUUUGAAACCUGAAAAUAUAUUACUUAAUGAAAAAAUGCAUAUACAGAUCACAGACUUUGGAUCAGCUAAAAUCUUAGGGAAGGAUGAGAAUGUAGAUAAAGAAGAUACCAACACAGAUGGCAGCAAGGAGAACCGCCAUUCUCAGCGCCGGAAGUCUUUUGUUGGCACUGCUCAAUAUGUGUCACCUGAAGUACUUACCAGCAGGAGUACAAGCAGGUGAGUUAUUUUUAAAAUGUUAUAGGGUUUAGUUCCAGGCACUGUGGACAGCAAGUGUCUUCCACUAUGGCACUGGUUGGACCAAUGGUUUAUGAGUGAAACUGAUGGCAAAAAGCUG